AUGGGUCGGACGAUCAAAGCCCACCUAAGUACUGGAAACCUGCAACUUGAACUUCGAAACACUCCCAAGGGCAAAGUGUUGUUAGUUUUGUACGAUGGAGGACAACAUGCGAAGGACCAGCCUGCCUUGCUCGGAGCCAGCGAGAAUGAGUUGGGAUUGAGGAAGUGGCUGGAGGAGAAGGGCCAUACCCUAGUAACCACCUCGGACAAAGAUGGUGCCAACUCCAAAUUCGACCAGGAGCUCGUCGAUGCUGAGGUUAUCAUCACUACUCCAUUCCACCCAGGAUAUCUGACUGCAGAGCGCCUGGCUAAAGCUAAGCACCUAAAACUUGCCGUCACGGCCGGUGUUGGGUCUGACCACGUCGACCUGGACGCGGCCAACAAGACAAACGGCGGCAUCACCGUUGCCGAAGUGACGGGAUGCAAUGUCGUUUCCGUCGCCGAGCAUGUCCUCAUGACUAUCCUUGUCCUCGUCCGCAACUUUGUGCCCGCACACGAGCAAGUUGCGGGUGGAGACUGGGACGUAGCUGCUGUGGCGAAGAACGAGUACGACAUUGAGCAUAAAGUCGUUGGCACCGUUGGCGUGGGCCGGAUUGGCGAGCGCGUUCUGCGAAGACUGAAGCCGUUUGACUGCAAGGAGCUGUUGUAUUAUGACUACCAACCACUGCCUCCGGCUGUGGAGCAGGAGAUCGGAUGCCGCCGUGUAGACACUCUUGAGGAAAUGCUCGCCCAGUGCGAUGUUGUUACGAUCAACUGUCCACUUCACGAAAAGACCCGCGGUUUGUUUAACAAGGAUCUCAUCGCCAAGAUGAAGAAGGGCUCCUGGCUCGUCAACACCGCCCGCGGCGCCAUAGUCGUGAAAGAAGACGUCGCCGAUGCCAUCAAAUCAGGUCACCUGCGCGGCUACGGUGGCGAUGUGUGGUUCCCGCAGCCCGCGCCCAAGGACCAUCCACUGCGCUAUACGCAGGGGCCCUGGGGCGGCGGGAACGCCAUGGUCCCGCACAUGUCCGGCAGCUCCAUCGAUGCGCAGGUGCGCUAUGCGGCGGGCACGAAGGCGAUUCUCGAGUCGUACUUCUCCGGAAAGUAUGAUUAUAGGCCGGAGGAUUUGAUUGUGCAUGCGGGCGAUUAUGCCACGAAGUCUUAUGGGCAGAGGAAGUAG